UGUACAUGUGUUUUGUCUCAUCAUUAAAUAAACCCAUUAAGAGUUGAAGGAUAUGCCAGAUAAACAUCUCUUAUGCAAGUUACUUUAGUUUGCACAUAAUUCAAAGUUUAUAGGUCCUCACCUGGGGACUCCAUACUUCUGCUGGCAAAGAAAGCUCAGGAAUUCCACAUCAGACUUUUUCCCUGCUGCUUUUAAUUACUUCCUUGUACUGAGCUCUGUUCCAGAAGGCUGAGGUUUCUCACAGUCUGAUCACUUGAUCAAUAAGGCAUUGGUGCCCCCUUUUCCAGAGCUUCUAGCAGACCUCGUGAUAAACUCCCUAGAGAAAAUAUAUGCCAUCAAAAACAGUGCUCCAGCAAAGGCCUUGAGAAGUGCCAUAGAGACCUCUGUCCUCUUGGAAGUUUUCUCCACCCAUAUCUCCACUAAAGAUGGACCUAAAACUAAAAAGUCCUGAGUUUUGGUACAGUCUUCAUGGGCAGGUUCCAGAGCUGCUGGACUGGGACAUGGGGAAUGAGUUCUUCUUGCCCCGCACCACAGACCAGCGCCCCUUAGCUGAGCAGAACCUUGCCAAAUACAGACUCCAAAUAAUGGAGUCCCCAAAGCUGCCUCUGGAGAGGAGACCCAAUCCUGACAAGGAUGGCCCUGACUAUGACCCCAAUCUGUGGAUGUGGGUGAACCCAAACAUUGUGUGCUCCCCUGGCACCCAGGAGGCUCCAAAUUCCAAUAAAAAGGAUUUGACGUGCAUGCCUCCCUCCCCUCAGCCACCUUCAAAGGAUGAAGAGUUUAACUGCUCAGAGGCCACAGUGACGGAGUCCUUGCCAUCUUCUUCCAGAGAGCAAUCUCCCCUACAGAAGAGGUUCAUGUCUUCCCCUAGAGACUGGGAGCUCACAGAAGUGGAGAAGGCUGAGGGGAAAGACAACAAUUCCUCUGCAGCCCUCCAGUCCCUUAACAAAGGGAAGUGCUACCAGAGCCAGAAAUUGUGGCAAGUCAGCAGCCAGGAAAGGAGGUCCUGGCCCCGCCACCCACCCCCCCUCAAUUACAGCCACCUAAUUGCCCUGGCAUUAAGAAACAGCCCCCCCUGUGGCCUCAACGUGCAAGAGAUCUACAAUUUCACCUGACAGCAUUUCCCUUUUUUCUGGACAGCUCCAGAUGGCUGGAAGAACACCAUCCGCCACAACCUCUGUUUCUUGGGCAGCUUUGAGAAGGCGCCAGUCAGCCUUCAGGAUGGGGCAAACACAAGGCCUCGGUCUUGCCUCUGGAGGCUCACUGAGGAAGGACACCGCCGCUUUCAAGAGGAGACUCGUGCCUUAGCCUCCGCUCGGAGGGAGGGCAUCCAACAGUGCAUGAGCCGGCCAGAUGUAAUGGCCUUCCUCUUUGACCUUUAACUACCACUGCUCCCUUUCUGGAACAUUGUCCCCCGAUUGUGCCUACCUAUGCCUUGACUGACAUUCAUUAAUCCCUAAACCUACCCUGCCUGGUUGGUCCCUAGCUUGUGUUACUGCUGUAAUAAUGAUAGUAAAUAAAGUGUGAGAUGGGCACAGAGGAGGCGGAGUCUAAAUCCAGGAAGGGAAUCGUGGAAGGUUGCAUGAGGUAGUGGCACUUCUGUAUUUUUAUCAGAGAGAGAAAAUCCUAGGAACAAUG